CUUCCCAUUUCUGCGUCAUUUCGUCUUUCCUUUAUAUCCCUUCAAUGGCUUCCACUAGUUGAACAAAACCCUCCAUCCCCACAAUCCCAAUUCACUUAAGACCUCUGUUCUCUCUCUCCCAUGGCGACCCAUCAAACCAGGCCGCCUCCCACGCCUUAUUCACCUCUAAACGAGGAACAAGAACACCUUCAUGACACCGACGAGGCCGUUCCCUCAAAUGGGUGCGCCUGCUUUCAGCUUUUCGGGUUCGGAUUCAAUCGGAACGGCAAUUACGAAGAGGGAAAUCUUCUACAGCAGCAACGGGGACGGGAAGAGGAGUUUUGGAUGGUGAAGAAAUUGAAGAAGUUGAAGGAGGUUUCAGAAAUGGUGGCUGGACCCAAAUGGAAGAACUUCAUAAGAAAAAUGGGAGGCUAUUUGAAGGGGAGAAAACAGAGGAACAGGUUUCAGUAUGACCCUGAAAGCUAUGCUCUGAAUUUCGAUGGCGGGCUUGAUGGAGAAGACGAUCGCCCCCCAAUUGGCUUCUCUUCGAGGUUUGCUGUGCCAUUGGCUUCAAGGGAACAACAUUAAAGGAAUUGAUUGGUUAAUGGAAAUACUUGGGGAAUUGUUUGGACUGAUUCGUUUAUUUGUUAGUGUGUGUAUAUGGAGAAAUUUUGAUCGUUCUUGUUAUUGUUCUUGUUCAUGUUCAUAAUUGACUUAUGGCAUAAAUGUUAAAUCUAGAUUUUGAUUCGUCAACAGAUGUAAGAAACAACGGAAGUGGCAAACAUUUUUAAAUAUGAUGAAGAAAAGAAUAGGAAGAAUUAAAUAAU